AUGGCUUUGUUUGGCGUUGUAGAAAUUCUUUUGGCGAUUAUUCUUUUCACUGCAAUCCAUUACUGGAAGCUAAACAUAAACGCACCGAUAACAAAGUGGCCUGUGAUGGGAAUGCUACCUGGUCUCUUAUACAACAUAUCCAAUAUCCAUGAUUACAUAAACUCAAUUCUAAAACAGAAUGGAGGAACUUUCAUUUUUGAAGGACCGUGGCUAACAAACAUGAACAUCGUUUUCACUUGCGAUCCCAUGAACGUGCAGCACAUUACAAGCACAAAGUUUGAAAACUAUGGCAAAGGAAAUGAUUUCAGAGAGAUCUUUGAGGUUCUUGGAGAUGGAAUUUUCCGGUCUGACUCUCACAUUUGGAAGUACAACAGAACCCUACUUCAUUCAAUUUUCAAGCAAGAAAGCUUUCAGGUAUUUAUUCAAAAAACUAUUGAGAAAAAAGUUUAUAGUCAUCUUCUUGUGUUUCUUGAUCAUGCUUGUAAAAAAGGGGUGCAAGUGGAUUUGCAAGAUGUUUUUCAAAGGUUAACUUUUGAUAAUAUAUGUUGUAUAGUUUUAGGGUUUGAUCCUAUUUGUCUUUCUAUUGAUCUCCCUGAAAUUGCAUUCGAGAGAGCCUUUAGUCAAGCAGAAGACACAUUGUUCCAUAGACAUUUUAGACCAAAAUUCUGGUGGAAGUUGCAGAAAUGGCUUCGAGUUGGUGAAGAGAAAAAGUUUAUUGAGUAUCAAAAAAUCCUUGAUGAAAUGUUAUAUUCAGAAAUCAAAUCCAAAAGAGAUAUUCAAAAUCAAUACCAACAAAAACCUAAUUUGCUAAAUACCAUUAUGAAUGAAGUGAAAGAUGGAGAAAAUCUAAUAGAUGACAAGUUUCUGAGAGACACAGCAAUUAAUCUUCUUGCAGCUGGAAGAGACACUAUCAGUUCUGGUCUUACUUGGUUUUUCUGGUUGGUAGCAACACACCCUUUUGUUGAAGCUAAGAUUCUUGAUGAGAUCAAAGAAAAACUACCAUCAAAAGAAGAUAAUAACAAGAAAGAUUUAGGAGUGGAAGGGCUUAGCAAGCUAGUUUAUCUACAUGGAGCUUUAUGUGAAGCCUUAAGGCUUUAUCCGCCGGUUCCUUUGGAGCACAAAUCUCCAUUGAAAUCUGAUGUGCUUCCUAGUGGACUUAAGGUUAAGGAAAAUACAAUGAUAAUGUAUUCUUUAUAUUCAGUUGGAAGGGUGGAAGAAAUAUGGGGAGAAGAUUGUUUGGAAUUCAAGCCAGAGAGGUGGAUUUCUAACAAAGGAGGGAUAGUUCAUGUACCUUCUUACAAGUUCAUUGCUUUCAAUGCCGGACCAAGGAGUUGUUUGGGUAAGAGUAUAAGUUUCAUUGAGAUGAAAAUGGUUGCUGUAGCAAUAUUGAUGAAUUAUCAUGUUCAAGUGGUGGAAGAUCAUCCAAUAAUCCCAAGUGUUUCUGUUGUUUUACAUAUGAAACAUGGAUUGAAAGUUAAUAUUAAGAAAAGAUCCAUUUGA